AUCCCACCAAAGCCAUUCCUCCGGGCUAAGAAACAAACCAAGAGCAGAAGAGAGAGAGAGAGAGAAAGAGAGAGAGAGAUGAAAUUAUUAGUAGUAGCAGGGGAAGGCAAGGAGUUUUGCUCUCCUCCACAUCGUGUUGCUAUUCUUGUAGUCUUCUCCGGACUGUUAUUUUUGAGUUGCUUUCAUGACUUCGGCUGCAGAGCCCAGCAACUGGCCCAAGAAGAAGUUAAAGCAUUAAAGUUGAUUGCCUCCAAGUUGAGAAAGGAGUGGGACUUCUUGGUGGACCCUUGCAGCGGGAAUGCAGGGUGGGUGGAACCUACAAGCUCUGAUGAGAUUGCCACCAAUGUCACUUGCGAUUGCAAUGUCACCUCCAAUGUCUGUCACGUGACUAGCAUCUUGCUCAAGGGUCAGAACCUAACCGGAGUCCUUCCAGAGGAAUUUGCUAACCUUACCUACUUAAGUGUGCUAGAUCUUUCAUGGAACUAUCUCAAUGGAUCCAUUCCAGCCAACUGGGCUUCUCUUCCUCUCACACAGCUGUCUCUUCUAGGAAAUCGGAUCUCCGGGAGCAUCCCAAGGGAGCUUGGGAGCAUCAUCUCCCUUCAGUCCCUGGUGUUGGAAAAUAACCAGCUGCAAGACUCAAUCCCCACGUCUCUUGGUAACCUGAACAACUUAAAACAGUUCCUUGCUUCAGCGAAUAACUUAAGUGGAGAGUUGCCAGACUCACUUGGCAAUCUUAAGAACCUGACAGACUUUAGAAUAGAUGGGAACCCAAUCUCAGGGAAAAUUCCUAGCUUCUUUGGGAAUUGGACUAAGCUCCAAAGGCUAGACAUGCAAGGAACAUCCAUGGAGGGGCCCUUUCCUCCAACCUUCUCAACAUUGGGAUCCUUAACUGAGCUGAGAGUUUCUGGCUUGAAGGGAGGAGAUGGGAAGUUCCCUUCGCUGCAAAACAUGAAAAACAUGGAAAGACUGGUGUUGAGAAACUUGUCAAUAUCUGGUGAACUUCCUGAUUUUAUUGGGGAAAUGGCCAAUCUUAAAACCUUAGAUCUUAGCUUUAACAAUCUGACAGGUCCAAUUCCAAGCAGCUAUGAUGGACUGAUGAAUUCAAUAAAUUAUAUGUACCUUACUGAUAACAUGCUAAAUGGAUCGAUACCCAAUUGGAUCUUGAGCAGCCAACAAAAUUUGGAUAUUUCUUACAACUCCUUUACAGGAUCCUUGGCUCCAUCUGGUUGUCAAGAAGGAAAUUUGAAUAUGGUUUCUAGCUAUUCAUCAACAGAAAAUAGUUCGAUAGUACCAUGUUUAAAAAGAAACCUCCCAUGUCCUGUGAAAGAUAGAAACUACAACUUGUUCAUAAAUUGUGGUGGUAGAAAGGUGAUAAUUGAUGAUGAUGAAUAUGAAGCUGAUCUAUCACAAUUGGGUCCAUCAAGAUUUGCUGUUGCUUAUAGUAAAAAAUGGGCAUAUAGCAGUACAGGAGAUUUUGUGGGAAAUGACAAAGCAAGAUAUGUUGCUACAAAUGUAUCAGUAUUGAACAUGACCAGUCCAGAAUUGUACAUGACUGCUCGUCUUAGUCCUCUCUCCCUCAGAUACUAUGGCCUCUGCUUACAGAAAGGAACUUAUACCGUCAAUCUUCACUUUGCUGAAAUAAUGUUUACUGAUGAUCAGACAUACUUCAGUGUUGGAAAGCGCAUCUUUGAUGUAUCGAUACAGGGCCAAAAGGUUUUGCAAGACUUUAAUAUUGCAAAGGAAGCAAAUGGCACUGGUAGGCCAAUCAUCAAGUCUUUUACUGCUACAGUAGAUGGUACUCUGGAAAUUCACUUUCAGUGGGCUGGCAAAGGGACAAACUCCAUUCCCGAAAGAGGUGUAUAUGGACCACUUAUAUCAGCUAUUUCAGUUACACCAAACUUCGAUAUUCAAGAAAGCAAGCUAUCUAUUGGAGCUAUCUUUGGCAUUCUAGCAGCUUCUUGUGUCACAAUUGUGCUAAUGUUAAUUAUGCUAUGGCUUUUCUUUAGAAGGAAAAAUGCUGAGAAAGAUGAACUUCAAAGCUUAGAGUUGCAAACUCGUUAUUUCAGCUUGAAACAGAUUAAAGCUGCCACCAAGAACUUUGAUCCUGCAAAUAAGAUAGGUGAAGGCGGCUUUGGUCCAGUUUAUAAGGGUGUGCUGCCAAAUGGUUCUGUAAUUGCGAUAAAGCAGCUAUCCUCCAAGUCUAAACAGGGAAACCGUGAAUUUAUUAAUGAGAUAGGCAUGAUAUCAGCUUUGCAACACCCAAAUCUAGUCAAGCUUUAUGGGUGUUGUAUUGAAGGAAAUCAAUUACUGCUAAUAUAUGAAUACAUGGAAAAUAAUAGUCUCGCCCUUGCUCUAUUUGGACGUGAAGGAUGCCAAUUGAAAUUAGACUGGCAAACGAGGCGUAAGAUUUGCCUAGGGGUAGCAAGAGGUUUGACAUAUCUUCAUGAGGAAUCAAGGUUGAAGGUUGUUCACCGAGAUAUCAAGGCAACAAAUAUUCUACUAGACAAAGAUCUCAAUGCAAAAAUAUCCGACUUUGGUCUGGCCAAGCUUAAUGAAGAAGAGAACACCCAUAUCAGCACCCGUAUAGCUGGAACUAUGGGGUAUAUGGCUCCUGAAUAUGCCUUGAGGGGUUACUUAACAGACAAAGCAGAUGUCUACAGCUUUGGAGUAGUCAUGUUGGAGGUUAUCAGUGGAAUGAGCAACACAAAUUAUAGGCCUAUGGAGGAUUGCGUUUAUCUUCUUGAUUGGGCCUAUGUUUUACAAGAGCAGGGAACUCUGCUUGAACUUGUUGACCCGAGCCUUGGUUCCAACUACUCAAAGGAAGAGGCACAGCAGAUGUUGAAUUUGGCUCUUAUAUGCACCAGCCCUUCUCCAAUUCUCAGGCCUUCAAUGUCCACCAUCGUGAGCAUGCUCGAUGGAAAAACACCUAUACAGCUCCCAUCAGCGAACCGAGCAGUCUCCCAGAGUGAGGAUUUUAGAUUCAAGUCCUUAGAGAGAAUGUCUGACGUGAGCCAAAUGCGGAAUGUUUCAACAGAAGGGCUGUGUGUUGAUACCUCAGUUAACAAUGAUCAAAGAGGUAAAGAAGAUAACAGUCUAAAUUCCUCAUCAAGUAAUGUUUCUCAUCAAGCAGUCUAAAUAACUCAAGUAGCUUUGGCAGCCUGGGCAUGAGGCUAUGAAAGAUUCAGAUGAGAUCUAAACUUUUAACAUGCCAUUUUGACUGGGGAAGUGUUUACGUUGGUAUAGAAAUUAGUGGAGCUUAUCCUCUCCCUCUUACCAAAAGGGAAAAAGAAUUACAUAGAGUAGUUUACAGUACUUUGAAAGGAGAAACACUGAUGAAGAGUCAUCCAAAUUUAUGCAUUAUUUAUUAGAAUAUUAAUUACAUAAGUCGAAUAAUAAGUUUGGAAUAUGA